AUGGGCAGCAUUGACACCUCCGCCUGUGAUCAACUGCAGUUCAAAACGCCAUGGAUCGAGACACCCCUGGUCGAGUCUGCGAGCCUUUCUCGGGCAGCUGGAUGUAGGAUCUUCCUGAAGUUGGAGAAUGUGCAACCCAGCGGCUCCUUCAAGUCCCGUGCUAUGGGCAAUCAAAUCCUCUCUCAUCUUCGCAACCCAGCAAACGUAGGCCGCAGAGUCCACUUCUACGCCUCGUCCGGAGGAAAUGCCGGACUGGCGGCCGUUUGUGCAGCUCGGAGCCUGGGCUACCCUUGCACUGUCGUGGUUCCCAUGGGCACUAAGCCCUUGAUGCUUGACAAGAUCCGGGCGGCAGGUGCAGCAGACGUCAUCCGUCAUGGCGAGACAUUCUCAGAAGCAGGGGAAUACAUGCGGGAAACUAUCAUGAAGACUAGCAGCGGGGAUGACCAGGAUGUGAUUAAGAUUGCCCUUCACCCAUUCGACAACCACCCUAUCUGGGAAGGAAACAGUACCCUCAUCGACGAGCUCGAGACCCAGCUUCCUCCCUCCACCAGCCCCGAAGACGAAAAAGCCUACAAUGACCGGGCGCUUCCGCUAGACGCCAUCCUUUGCAGCGUCGGCGGCGGCGGUCUCCUCAACGGCCUCGUUAUGGGCAUCGAAAAGCGACGACAGAAGAAGCAAACUACCUCCUCUUCUUCCAAACCAAACCCCAUUCACCUCCUCGCCAUUGAAACGGCCGGUACCGAUUCCUUGGCAGCGGCCAUUGCCAAUAAAUCCCUCAUCUCCCUCCCAAAGAUCACAUCCCAGGCCACUUCCUCGGCGCUGUCCGCGUCUCGGAGACAACCUUCCAGCAUCAAGGUACACAGCACCGUCCUCUCGGACGCAGAUGCUGCCCGCGGCGUGCUCCGCCUCGCCAGCGACGAACGACUCCUCGUCGAGCUUGCGUGUGGUGUCUGCAUCGAGGCGGCCAUCGGCGACGCUGCCACUGCUGCUCCCGUGUCGGAGACUGCCGGUGCAGGCGCUCAGAGUAUCAAGAAGCGGAAGAGGAGCUCGGAUGAGACCGUCGUUACUUACCGCGAUGAGGGCUAUGGGGAUGACCGGUCGAUCUCGACCGAUAAUGAGACGGACCAAGAGGUUGAGGAGGUCGGCGAGAAGCUCAACUCGAAGCUUAAGCAGCUUGUUCCUGGUCUCAACUCGCAGAGUAGGGUUGUUAUCAUUGUCUGCGGUGGCAGCUAUGUCACUAUUGAUAUGGCUUGUGAAUGGCGCAAGAUGUUGGAUGCGGGAUGGGCAUGA